AUGCCAAAGUCUUUUCUAGUGAAAAAGAAACGUGGAGCAUGUGGUGCAUGGCAGUGGAAAGAGCCGGAACAACAUGAGUGGAACGAACAGAACGCCACAGCCGUUUCUGUAGCCGGUGAUAACUGUGAGGAGCGGGUCCCCUUAAACUCCUACACACAAAAGCCUUCCCCCAAACCAGCGGGCCCCUCCAGGUGUGAGCCGGCCGCACUCAGCGCCCCCCCCCCAGAGGCCCCCACCCGAGCAGACUGGUCCAGAGUGAUGCUCCCGGGCUCCUUCUACUACCCCACUGCCUUAGGACACGUCAGCAGAGCAAAGCCGCGCGCCCGCACCUCCCCCGUCUCCGGAGACUUUGUGUGUUCAGUCUGCCACAAGAUCUUCCCCCUGCAGCGGAUGCUGACGCGCCACCUCAAGUGCCACAGCCUGGUGAAGAGGCACCCCUGCCGCUUCUGCGGGAAAGGCUUCAACGACACCUUCGACCUGAAGAGGCACAUGCGGACACACACAGGCAUCCGCCCGUACAAGUGUGAGCUGUGUGAGAAAGCCUUCACCCAGCGCUGCUCUCUGGAGUCCCACAUGAGGAAGAUCCACGGGGUCCAUCAGCAGUACGCCUACCGCCAGAGGCGCUCCAAGAUCUUCGUGUGUGAGGACUGUGGCUACACCUCCAGCCGCCCGGACGAGUACUUCCUCCACGUCAGGCAGCGCCACCCCGGCAGCCCCGCCCUCCGCAGGUACUACCGCCGGCAGGCCCACGAGAACAGCAGCUUUGGCCCCCCCGUAGAGCCCAAGCUCAACUACCUGCUGUACUCAGCCCCCACAUACUACAUGUAGGGUUCUUCAUCCUGUAGCAUUCUGCUCGAAAGGAGGGAAUGGCGUGAUCUUAAGUUAGAUAUUAGAAAAUGGACAAUGAGACCAUCUAUGUUAAUGUCUUAUACCCUACAUCACAGGCACACAGGCAUGGAAUGGUUUUGAAGCUGUAUUUAAUCAGGUGUGUAGAAAGAGGAGAGAAGGACAGCAGGUCGACUCCUCUGUCCUCACAAUCCACCACUUUGCUUUUUCUGUGAAUGCUUGCAAUGAACCUUUUUAAACAAAGGUGGUGUCUGUCUGUUACAGAAAAUAAAGAAGUUUUUUUCCCAUCUCUAUGUGGUGGUUUGAAUCCAUACUUUAUCUCUGCCAUGGGAGUUCUGGUUGAUGAGUGCUGAUUACGAGUCCCAACCAUUUGGAGUUAAAAGAUAAACUUCACUUUAAGAUAUAGUCAACUUAACUGAGAAUCAAGGUGAGACAACGCAAAGCCUCUAAAUGUCCAAAAGCCUGUCUUUUAAAUCUGUUCAGAGUCAUAAGUUAGGCAGUGACUGUGAACACCAGGUUCUGUAAAGUCAACACCAGCCGAAAACCGACCAAUGUAACCUGGCCUGGGAAACACUCACCAGUCCAGCCGGUCAGGUCGUCUGGCUCCAGGGCCAACUGGAGCCAUUCCUACCGCGCGCGCCCUAACCGUGAAGUCUGACGCGCGUACUUCCGGUUCCAAACUUGGUGCGUGACAGCUUGACGGCGUGGAUCAGGUGGACUUUGGAGUCUUCCGGGCCGGAGCAGCCGGACCCCGCAGCCCAGGACCCCGC